AUGAUGUUGGCAAGAUGUGUCAUGACUACACUGUGUAUUGUAGCACAAGCUUAUAGUGUUGUUGGCAUACAACAAACCCAGUAUAAAGCUGUUGAUGACACAAACGUAACCAUGCUGCCCAUCGAUGUAGAGUUUGACCAAGUCAGCCUUUUGUCCUGCGCCCAUCUUUGUUCAAGUUCCAAGAAAACGUGCUACAGCUACAUCUACAACAAAACCACAAGGCAUUGUAGCUUGGGUUCCUGGCUAGUACCAUUGAAAACUUCACAACAAAAAGUUCAAGGAAAAAUUUUCUCUAGUGGAAAGUUCUGUAACACAACCAGAAACAUCACGGUCCUGUCUGAUGGUUCCAUCUCAGAUAGAGACUUGAUGUUUUGUUUGGGUAAGGUUGAAACAUGUCUUGGAAUAAACAGCAGUGACCCCCGACCUGUGGUGACCCUUACCUCUCUACUUCAAGUCAUGUGUGACACAGUGACAGACGGUGGAGGAUGGACCAUUUUCCAAAGACGUGUUUCUGGGACUAUAGAUUUUUACAGGAACUGGGCGGAAUACAAAAAUGGGUUUGGUGAUUUUAGUUCAGGUAAUUUUUACCUGGGCAAUGAAAACAUUUAUCUCUUAACGUCAAACCGUCUAACAGAACUAAGAGUGGAUGUGUUCGUUAACGGGCAGAAUUAUUUCGCCAAGUAUUCCAGCUUCAACAUUUCUAGCGAGGCAGACGGCUACAGGCUACAUGUUGGUGGCUACACAGGAGAUGCGGGGGAAGGUCUAGCCAUACACAAUGGUAUGAUGUUCUCUACAUUUGACCGGGAUAAUGACAACCUGACCAGUAACUGUGCCGUAGUAUAUCAUGGAGCGUGGUGGUAUAACGGCUGCCAUACCAGUAAUCUUAAUGGCUAUUGGGGUGUUAACGACGACACUGGUAUGAGAUGGUUAACCCUCUACGUUGCAACGUUCAGCGAAAUGAAGUAUAGAAAUGUUUGA